AUGAAACUGGAAUUACUUCCAUCAACAAUUCGCUUCCAUUCCUUUCCACUCCGUGAUUCAAGUUACAAUGCUUCUUCUUCCUCCUCCUCCGUUCGCAGACACAAGCACAGUUUCAAUUUCAUAGUAACCUCCAAAAGCAAAAAGCACCAUCAGAAAAAUGACGCUCAGGGUUCCGAUUCUCAACCAACUCCUCCCAGAAUCACUUCUAACGCCAACCAAAACCUUCGAUUCCUCAGGUCAUGGAAGGAGUACCAAAAACGAAAAUCUACCACUCCAAGACUUUCCACCCGUUACCGUAAAAAGAAGGCGGAAAAGGCUGAUACUCGCCACGACGACGAUCUCUAUCGUGAUCCUACCUCUUCCCUCUACCACACAAACGAGUUGGGUAUAAUAGAUAAUAAUGCUGUCCCUGUGUUGCUUGUUGAUGGCUAUAAUGUCUGUGGAUAUUGGUUGAAGCUCAAGAAACAUUUUAUGAGUGGACAACUUGAGCUUGCUCGCCAAAAGCUGAUUGACGAGCUUAGAGACUUUAGUAUGCUCAGAGAGGUUAAAGUGGUUGUUGUAUUUGAUGCCAUGAUGUCUGGAUUCCCUAAUCACAAAGAAUCUGCUGCUGGUAUUGACGUUGUUUUCUCAAGUGAAACAUCCGCUGAUACAUGGAUUGAAAAAGAGGUUUUAGCUUUAAAGGAGGACGGUUGCCCUAAAGUCUGGGUUGUCACUUCUGAUCACUCUCAACAGGAAGUAGUAAAUUGGGCAGGAGCCUAUGUUUGGAGUUGCAAGGCAUUGAUAACUGAGAUCAAGACAUUACGAAAGGAGGCUGAUAAGAUGCUUAAAGAGCAAAGAUCAACUUCUUUUCAAGGUAGAUUGUUAAAGCACAAUCUUGAUGCGGAAGUAGUGGAUGCUCUAAAAAACCUGAGGCAAAAAUUAGCUGAAAAAGAGUCGAAGUAG